CAUAUCUUUCGAGAAUCGCCGAUAUUUCCCCACCCCACAUCAUAGCCCAAGAUCACGUGCAUCAUGGACGCUUCUUCGUUGCCGCUGCUUCGCGCUGGACCGGACCUCAUGCGUGUGGGCUUCCAACGUGCCUCGGAAGAUACCCGCCCGGUGCAUGAAGUCCAGCGCCUCGAAACCCAUCGCCGCCUGCGUGGGUUUGAAGGCAAGAUGCGCUCGGUGGAACAAAUCUACGGCAAGGCAGCAGCGAUGCGCCUUCGCACGGAAAAGAUCCUCCUUGAACAACACACGCGUCUCCCGGGUCUGCCGAGCUCCCGAUGCGGUCUGGACACGGUUCUUGGUAACGAUGACACGCUCGACUUUACUGAUAUCCUCAACGACCCCCAAGACUCCCCGGAAGCACCGCAAUUCCGCGUACACGACGUCAUGGAAGUCAAGUUGGCGAUCUUCUAAGUCCCAUCUCCCUUCUAACUCAAAACACGCCCCCGUUGUGUGUGUGUGACGUGCAA